GGUCUGGUUUGGCAAAUAUCGCUGCGCAAUAAAAAAAAUCAUCCGAAAUUACUUGACUGUAAAAUAAAUUGAAACAUUAAGGGAACACAACGUUAAACAUAAUUUCAAAAAGUGUUGCGUGAGUGAAAUUUAUUUAUAUUAAACAUAAACACGAUGGCAUAUAUUGUGAUUUUGGCUGCACUUAGUGUACAAAUGUUGGUCGCGUUUCCAGAACCUCAAUGCUCCAACUACGAUUUCCAAGAGAAACUUCUAGAAAAAACGGUGCGGAUGGAACUGCAUAUAGAAUUGUUAGAAAAGGAGAAUAAAGAACUGAAAAAUCAGCAGUUAUUGACCCAGAAUAACUACAACGCUGAUCUGGCUGCCCUUAAUGCAAGGCUUGGUGAAAUAGAAGCGCAGAUACUCGCGAACAGUCUAAACACCGAAAAACGAAUUGCUGAUGCCGCCGAUACUCUUACUGAGAGAUAUACCAACGGAUAUUGUACAACAAACAAGAUCAUAUUCAGGGCAAAACUGAGUAAACAAUCGCUGCCAUUGACCACUCAACAAAUUGUCGUCUUCGAUACCGUUCAGGAGAACGUCGGCAACGCUUACAACGCUUACAGUGGCGUAUUCACGUCUCAAUUAAACGGAACGUACGUGUUUCAAUUUGCCAUUGGUAAUCCAACUGGAAAACCGGGAGUAAUGUUUUUGAAGAAGAAUUCUGAAGUCAUCGACUAUGCUAUCGCAGGACACACUUCUGGAUGGAACAUUGCAGGAAAAACGGCCUUCCUCUACUUAGAAGUCGCAGAUACUGUUUAUGUUGUCGGUGAAGGUCACGUUGCCGGCACAUAUGGUACCGACAGACAUCACUCUAGCUUUUCAGGGGUGCUGAUGCACGCUUGUUAACUUAAUAAGACAGAUACAAAUGAACAUUUGAGAUGCAAUACUUCUUACUAUGGACUAGUUAGGCUUAAGUUCUUUUCAGUUGCCUGAUCCAGACUUGUUUAACUAAAUGGACGUUUUUCAAUAAAUACCCAACCUGC